GUGCACAGUGCAUAGCACGUUCAAAUUAAGAUGGCCCUGAUCCGCAAGGUGAAUUUUCGUGCCGUGUGCACAAUUUACUUGUUGGCGUUUGGGAUUUUCAGCUGCCUCCACGUGCUCGCAGCCGGUCAGAUCACCACCGAGGAAACCGACCACGAUCAUGACCAUGAUCACGACCAUGACCACGAUCAUGACCACGAUCACUCCCACUCGAUCUUUGGGGACCCCUUUGAGGAGAUUUUUGGUCAAUUAAGAGAUCUCUCCUUCAGUGCUAACAGGAACAUCACGCGCGAUGAGACAGCUAGGCUUAUUCAUUUAUUGUUCGAACAUGAGCUGCAUUGCAGUGACAACUUCAACUCUGCAAAUUGCCACAAGUGUCUUGAGAACGACAGCAUAUUCUCCAUUCUUGGCAUUCCACCCAGCUAUGGCCUUAACGAAAAGAACUUCAACCGGGCAUGCGUCGUGCUCAUGUAUUACGCAGCCGACCUGGAAUCCGCAUGCGCGGCCGAUCUGUCUGGGCUGACGUACGGAGAUUACGUUCAGAGACUUCUCACGAGAUUAGACAGCACGCAGAAACUGUCUGAAAAAGAGCUGGAGGACGUUUUGGGUGCAGUGGCCACGACCUAUAAAGCUACCAACUUUGCCAAGUGUUUCACCGCAGAAACUGUCUUCGAGGAGACCGUAGCCGACCACCAAUUGGGAGCAGACGACCACGAGCUUGAGCACGUGGGGGCCAUUUUGAUAUCCAGCCUAUUCCGUGGGUUUUGCAUUGGUAAUGCCACCAAGUUAGAUCCAGACGCGUUCCUGGAGGAUAUAUUCCAUUCGUAUGCUUCACACGGCUACAUUACUGAAGGAAAAUUCCAGGAAAUUAUAGACAAGCUCUAUGCUGGAAGCGAAGCGAACCACGAUCACGACCACGAUCACGAUCACGACCACGAUCACGAUCACGACCACGACCACGACCACGAUCAUGAUCACGAUCAUGAUCAUGAUCACGCAGCCGACGUCCUUCAAGUUGUAGCUGGAAGACAACGCAACAGACGGAAUGUAGCAACCCUCCUCUCUGCUGGAAGCGACGGGGGCCACGAUCAUGACCACGGUCAUGACCACGGUCAUGACCACGAUCACGAUCAUGAUCACGAUCAUGAUCACGCACCCCACUUCCUUCGAGUUGUAGCUGGAAGACAACGCAAGAGACGGAAUGUAGCAACCCUCCUCUCUGCUGGAAGCGAAGGAGGACACGAUCAUGACCACGAUCAUGACCACGAUCAUGAUCACGAUCAUGAUCACGCACCCCACUUCCGUCGAGUUGUAGCUGGAAGACAACGCAAGAGACGGAAUGUAGCAACCCUCCUCGACGAAGACCACGACCACGAUCAUGACCACGAUCAUGACCACGAUCAUGAUCACGAUCAUGAUCACCCACCCGACGUACACUCAUGUUUCACUGCUCAUGGCUUUUUUGACGUCGUUGGUGUCAAUCACAGUGUGGGCGUGUCACGUGAGCAUUUCAUGGCUCUAGGCCCCGCCCUCAUUCAGCAGACUCUCACUGGCGCAUGCGUUAAGGAUGAGACCACCACGCCUGUGGGACCAAGCACCGCUGAAGUUUGGGGCUAUGGCGUACUGGCCGUCUUUAUCACCAGCCUUUGCGCUAUUGCUGGUGUGGCUUUCCUUCCCUGUCUCAAUACGGACGCCUAUCUAAAAGUCUUGCAAACUAUGAUGGCCUUGGCUGUGGCUACCUUGGUAGGCGACGCGGUGGUGCAUCUCAUUCCACAGGCUGUAGGACUCCACGUACACCAUGCUGCAACGGACGACGUCACGCAUGAUCACUCAGAGGACCUUGCCUACAUUUGGAAGUGUCUGGUGGUUGUCGUUGCUAUCUACACCUUCUUCGUUUUCGAGUCUGUCAUGCAAAUGUUUGGUGAAGGACACUCGCAUUCCCUAGAUCCCGAAGAUAACCCUACCAAGAGAAAGCGGUCCUCCAGUAUGAAACUUAAGGAGGCAAUGGAUAACUCCCUCAAGCAUCACUCGGUAUCCAACACGCAACUAGAAUCAGCCGAAGGCGAUGUGCCGAACGAAGACGCUACGGAUGAGCCUAGUCAAAUGAAGAGUCAGCCUAAAGCCUGCUAUGGAAUGGGUUCCCUACCGUUUAUGAUUCUCAUCGGGGAUGGUCUACAUAACCUGGGUGACGGUCUGGCGAUAGGUGCCGCUUUUGCCACUAGUAUUGGUGCGGGAUUGUCAACCAGCAUCGCCGUCUUGUGCCACGAGUUACCCCACGAACUUGGUGACUUUGCCAUCCUUCUGAAUGCCGGUCUUAGUUUCCGUAAAGCACUGGCCUUCAACUUCCUGUCUGCUCUGAUGGCCUUUGUCGGACUCUGUAUUGGCAUUCCAUUGGCUGCCAAUGAAGAGGCUCGAGAGUGGAUCUUUGCGUUGGCAGCUGGGAUGUUCCUGUAUGUUGCCUUGGUGGACAUGUUUCCAGAACUGAUACAUCACGAAAACAAGAACAAAGGCACCAUUUUCCUACUGCACAAUUUGGGGCUCUUGGUUGGUGCCACUAUUAUCCUUGUCAUCGCCCUUUAUGAAGAUAGCAUCAACAUCAGCAUUUGAAGAGGCAAGAGAUUCACUGGUAUCUGGCUUCAGUCACCUAAUCUUGUAGAGACAGUAGUGAUUGUUAAUUAUCACUAACUUCAAGAUACUCAUGGAAUUCAAGCAAGUUUAAAGUAGGCCUAAUCAGAUUCAGAAUAAAGUGAUUCAUUUAAACACAAUCACCUUUGAAAAAUGAUUUCAUCUGUCUCCUGCUCUUUUUUUGGGACAAUAAAUCUCCAAGCCAUUUUGAUCACGUUAAAACCCAAUAAACUUCAAAGUUGGUAAAAAAUCAAUUCUGAUUCUGAGGUGUACCAGCCCUGCAAAGUGACGUCAUGAUGAUGCCGUCAGGUGUCAAAUUAUAGGUAGACUAAGUGGUUAAACUGAAGUCUUUUAAUCUUUCAAAUUUCACAUAAAAUCAAUCAUUAUAAACCUCAGCUUGGUUUUUGUAGCAAGCUGUAGAGUUAAGUCAGGUUUUCGUUUUGCUGCGUGUAUGAAAGAUUCCGGUAAGAUUGGGGACCAGCAAUAUGAUGAAAUACUCGAGCACCCUCUAUUGGUAGGUUGAAUAAUGUCCGAAAUAUACUUUUUCAGAUAAUGUGCUUGAUGAAAUUUGUUGUAAUCGCUUGAAAAGUAGACGCCUUUCAUGCAAAUAAAACAUCUGAGGACUGGAGCGGAUGACGCCAUCAGACUGUAAGUCACAAGAAAAAUGACUUAUGUAAGAUUUGAAACUUUGCGUGGUGAAAAUAUUACACGUGGUAAGGAUUUGCGGGUAUACCAAGGGAUCUAUCUCAAGAAGAGGUUGGUUCCUGAAAAGAACUGGUGAGCGUUAACUCGAUGUUUCGACCAGAGUGGAAGUGUUCUUGGACGUUAUCAUUGGGCGCCAGAAGCGGCCAGAUGCCGCCGAGCUUGAAAAUAUCUUGAGGGACGGUGUUGUGCCAGAAAAUUUCGAUGGUUUUCUGGAUUCUUCUGGGAAGCCAGUUCCUGAUGGAGGCGAUGUGUUCUGUGUUGUCCCAGUAGAUGUGACGGUUCGAACACUGUGCAUGUUUGACGAUGUGCGACUUCUCGUAAUAUCUGCGUCUGUCAUGUGCACGGGGCUUUUGGAUUCUGGUGGGGAGACUCCUGCCGGUUUCACCGAUGUAAACUUGACCGCACUUGCAUGGAAUUCGGUGUACAUCAGGGCGGCUGCUUGGAAUUUGUUUGUCCUUUGGGUGUGGAGUAUGAACUCCAGCAUGUUUGACCCGACUCUCCUAAGGACGGCUAGAGCUUCCUGGUCGAAACGUCAGGUUAACACUCGCCUUUUCUGCGCUGACCAUGACACUGUCAUAAUCAAAUAACAAGAAUUUAAACAUUGAAAUUUUUAAUCUUUGCCAAUCAGUUAAUAAACGAUCAACUUUGAAAGACCUUUCGUUGUGUAUUACGAAAUUAGGCUAAACAACUCUUGGUCGUUUCUUCUGUUUUAAGUGUAACUUUGACCCUCGUCAUUUAGUUUUGAAUAAUGUGAAAUAGGCAGAAGUUGGGAACUAUCUUUCAAGCGAUCUGAGACUUCGGAAAGAAAGUGCAGUUUUCAAAUUUCUGCAAAGGUUCAGAGAUAAGUCUUGAUGAAUAACAAUGUGUGCAACUUUGCUGAAUUACACACAUUCAUGUUAACUGUCUAUGAUUCGUAGAGCCAAUCUUAUUUUCACUGUUUGCUUUAUUGUUUACAAAAUUUUCCUUCAGAAUUUGAAGUUUAGAUGUGUUCGUUAGUUUAAGCACACACAUAUAGUUAGCCCUUCGUCUGUUUUUCAGUAGUUCUGUUUGAUUCUUCUAUAAUUUGCUUUCAGUUGUAAGCAAAACAGUCAGGAAUGGACCCAGAACCAAAUGGUCGGAAUGCUAAAAUUAUUCAGGUGGGGAGAUUUCGAUGUUUGUCAUAUAACUUUCUACGACUGUUCUUCGGGGUGAGUCUAAAUUUUGGAGCUUUCUUCUUAAAAUCGUUUUCGAUUACAUGUAUCCACCUUCAGAAUUUUUUUAGUUUCUCAAAUGUUGUCCAUAGAGUUUUCAUGUUUAGUUGUUAAAAUUUUAUACAUUUUUCUAUUCUUAACUCCUCAAUUCUGAUUCAUUGUAGAUUUGUGUUAGAAUAGCCUAGUGCUCCAAAGGCGAAAAUGUCGAUGUGAAAUGAACACAACCGUAUUAAUAAAGAAAUUAUCCCAAGUGCUAA